AUGGCACGUUUACCAGCAUUCCUUAUUUAUGAGGACGAUAUUCUGAUCGCUACCAAAACAAUCACACCGACCCAAGGCGACGCUCCGCUCAGUCCGCCGACUUCUGGGCUCCCAGACUUCACUGGAGAAUCCGAUGUCAUGUAUUCCACCGGCUCAAAUUACUUCCACUCUGCGACCAGAGUAUCCGCAGAGCGAGAGUUUGACCUUAGUGAUGAGUUCGGUGCGGACUGUGCAAGUCAGCAACAGGAUCCCAGACCCUACCAACCUGCAUUUGCCAUCAAGGAAGAUCCUGCCCAUGUCAACGACGUAGAGAACAGGAGAUCCUCGAAGUACGACACUAAACCACCACCGUCUGGACCAACUCAGGUUUCAAUAAUGGCUACGCCAACAUCAUCAUCCCCAAUAACCGUUCGCAGAAACCCAAGACCAGAUCGCUCCGAGGCCACUCCUGCGCGUGGAAAACUCACUGCUUCGAAGUCCAGGCAACUAUCAGCAAAGCCUCCACCUGCACCCAGCAGCAGGCGCCAAAAUCUGCAGACCAUGACCGACCUGGGUCCAAAGGUCGAGGACGAUCCUUCCACAGAUCAUAGUGAUAGCGAGGAUGAGGACAGCACAGACGAGAAGGGAGACCACUUUCCGACUGAGCGUAACCUUAGAAAGAGGACUGUUCAACAGACAAACCCUUUCAAGUUCGACAAGCACAAACACAUAGCACAGAAGACUGGGCAACAAAUCAACACGAAGAAAAUCGAGAACAAGGUGAAACAAGAGAUCGAGGGAACUCAAAAAGAACCGGUAAAGAAGAGAGCCCGGGUCUCCAGUGGCAGCUCGACCAAGAACAAAGCGAAAGCUUCUGCCUCCCGAGAUCAGAGUGCCAGCAAAGCACGACGCUCCAGCUCGAUCUUGUCCACGACCGUGUCGCCAGAGGCUAGUAGCGAUCAUGACUUUGACCCAGCGAGAACCAUCCUCCGUGUGAGAUUGGAUGGCUUUGCUGAUGCCGCUGCUCCGAUCCCUCUGAUACAAUGCGAUGGGCUUGAUAAGCUGAUGGACUUCAUCAUUGACAGCUGGAGAUGGAGGUUCAAUGGCGACCGGUUCUCCUACGCCAUCGCAUCUUUUCCAUGGCUGUCCGAUAAGUCAAACAUUCUACUCCGGCCGGGCAUGGACGCGAGUUUCCAACUCAUGAUGACCGAAAUUGAACACGCCCCCAUGUGGACAGAAGGUUAUCGCACAAGCUGUUUCGUCGACGUGACGGUGUACGUACAAUGA